AUGGAGCCACAAAUAAUAAAGAACAAGCCACUUUCAAAAGAUGAAAGCAAAGCCUUACUCGAACUUAUUGAAAUGAGCAAAAUUAUAAUAUCUAAAGCCACAAACGCCAGCAGCAAUAAAAUGAAAGAUAAAGAGUGGGUACGAAUAGCCGAGCAGUUUAAUGCUACAGCAACAAGUUGUCGUCGGACACCACAACAGCUUCGGCUGAAAUGGGAGAAUUUAAAGAAGAAUGCACGUAAACGUUGCACUAAAAUAAGAAUGAACAACAUAAACACUGGCGGUGGUGUUGGUAAAAGGAAAUUGCAGGGUGAUGGGUCGAAAUCUGCUAGAGAUCGUGCCAUUGCAGAAUAUUAUACAUUUAAAAAACUGUGCCUGGAGUCAAAAUUAGAAAAUAAAAAACUUAAAUUAGAAAAUGAAAAACUUCUAUUAGAAAUAGAAAAUUUUAAGAAAUAG